AAGAAAUUAAAAAAGAAAAGGAAAAACCAAAACUGGAAAUAAUUGAGGAGUUAAAAGGAAUUAAACGCACUACUGGUCAACAUCCUGGUGGCUUGUUAAUUGCUUUACCCAACACUGAUAUUAAUAAAUAUACCCCUUUAAACUGCCCUGCUGAUAAUCGACAGGCUGAUUUUUUGUCCCAAAUGUUCUUGAAAGUUGACAUUUUGGGGCAUGAUGAACCGACAGUUUUACAAAAAUUAUUCCAGUUAACCGGUAUUCCAGAAUUUGGCACCGAUUUUGUGCGAGGGAGAUUAUUAAGAGAUUUAAAACCGACUAAAUUUUCUCAACUAGUGCAAAUUUCCGGAUUUUCUCACGGAACUAACAACAUUAAGAAAGAAAUAAAAAGUAAGUUGAACGACCGUGAAGGAGAAUUAUAUUUUUCUAUUUUAAGCAAAAUCCAAUACAUUUUUCCCAAACCCCACGCUAUUGCUUAUACCAUGACUGCUUGA